AUGGCUUCCUCUGUGACCGACCACCCGGCUAUGGCCCCAGAAAGCACACCUCAGACUCAAGUCACCCUCGGUGGAAAGGUUAUUGCUAUCACCGGUGCCAAUCGCGGUAUUGGUCUCGGUAUCGCCGAGUGCUGCCUUUCCAACGGCGCGACCAAGGUCUACUCGAUUGACAUUGGGGAGACUGGAGAAGAUUUUGCUACUCUCUCCAAGCACUAUCCCGGUCAGCUCUUUGCUGUCACCGCCAAUGUGACCGAGGAAUCGACUAUCACCGCGGCAAUCGAUAGGAUCAUCGAGGAAGCUGGCGCUCUGCACGGAAUGGUGGUUAACGCUGGACGAACAAACCACAAAGCUGCUCUGGACUUCACCCAGGAGGAUAUUGAGACCUUGUUCAAUGUUAAUCUCUUCGGGGCUUUCUACACCGCACGCGCCGCUGCUCGUGCAUUCAUCAAGAUUGGAAUAAAGGGAUCUAUUGUCUUCACAGCAUCAAUGGCCUCUUACCGUCCCAACAAGCGCGUCCCUUCCACUCCCUACGGUGCCUCGAAGGCAGGCGUACGAAACAUGACCCACACUUUGGCAAUGGAAUGGGCGCAGUACGGUAUCCGUGUCAACAGUGUAUCGCCUGGUCUAGUCAAGACCGCCAUGACAUACUGGGUCCCUCAGCAGCCGGACUGGGAACAGCAGCUGAAGUAUUAUGGUGGAUUCCCUAGGUUGGCCGAGGUACAGGAGCUCGGCGGUGCCUACGUGUACCUUCUAAGUGAGGCUGCCAGCUACACUACCUCUAUUGAUAUUCCAGUAAACGGGGUGAUAGGCAUCUGUUAA